AUGGAUUCCACUGAAGACAUGACCGGAGAAAAGUGCGAGUUCAAAGUCUAUCGUCACAGCCUAAAAAAAGAUGGGAAUAUAUUUAUUGAGACCAUUUCGAAUCCAUUUUCCCGGCUAGCACUCAGCGACAAGGACAGUCCUUAUGCGUUGGUCGUCAAUCGCUUCCUGGGGAACAAGAACCAACUCGAAAAAAAUACUCUGCAAAUCAAUUCCAGGCGACUCUUGAAGGUCUUCCGAGAAGUGGUUGCCUUUUACCCCUCUGUUCUAGCCGAUUUUGCCUCUCCCUUUGAACUCAUGGGGCUAUUCCAGAUCCUUUUGCAUUACUGGGAAGAAUUGGACGAACGCCGACAAACAACGAAAGAUGCUGACGAGCGUAUGCAUCUCAAUCUGUUGCUUGACUUCAUGAAACAUGAAAUUGGACCCGAGCGAGAGCGCCUUCUCGGAACGCUUGGUGUAUUUUCCGCCCAGGAGAUCUGGUAUACACCGAGUUCAUGGGCCAUCCUUGGUUGUUGA